AUGUCCUUUUCCGAUUUCUCCAAGGUUGAAACUUUACAAAAAUUAAACACUUUCUUAGCCGACAAGUCCUACGUUGAAGGUACUGCUGCCUCUCAAGCUGAUGUCGCUGUUUACAAGUCUUUCCAAAAGGCUUUCCCAGAAUUCUCUAGAUGGUUCAACCACGUUGCUUCCUUAGCUGACGAAUUCGAAACCUUACCAGCCGGUUCUGCUCCAGCUGCUGCUGAAGAAGAAGAAGAAGACGACGAAGACGUUGAUUUAUUCGGUUCUGACGAAGAAGAAGAUGCUGAAGCUGAAAAAUUAAAGGCUCAAAGAGUUGCUGAAUACCAAGCUAGAAAGGCUAACAAGCCAGCUAAGCCAGCCGCUAAAUCUAUUGUCACUUUAGAUGUUAAACCAUGGGAUGAUGAAACCGAUUUAGAAGAAAUGGUUGCCAACACUAAGGCCAUCGAAAUGGAAGGUUUAACCUGGGGUGCUCACCAAUUUAUUCCAAUUGGUUUCGGUAUCAAGAAAUUACAAAUCAACUGUGUUGUUGAAGAUGACAAGGUUUCUUUAGAUGACUUACAACAAGCUAUUGAAGACGAUGAAGACCACGUCCAAUCUACUGAUGUUGCUGCUAUGCAAAAAUUAUAA